UCGAUGGGAAGGAGGCGGAAUAAUGCGAGAAGUAGUGUGUGAGCCGCGCAGGUCUAUGACACUCUGAUCUCCCCUGACAUUCCCGGCCUGGCCAACCAGGCGCUGACACCACCGGCGCCGCACUGAACGGGCCGACAAAGAAGCCGACUGGUGAUUCCAACAUGUCGCAGACAGCCAUGUCAGAAACGUACGAUUUUCUUUUCAAGUUCCUGGUUAUUGGAAAUGCUGGUACUGGGAAAUCCUGCCUGCUACACCAAUUUAUCGAGAAGAAAUUUAAAGAAGAUUCCAAUCACACAAUAGGAGUAGAAUUUGGUUCAAAGAUUAUAAAUGUUGGUGGUAAAUAUGUGAAAUUACAGAUCUGGGAUACAGCAGGACAAGAGCGAUUUAGGUCUGUUACUCGGAGCUAUUACAGAGGAGCUGCUGGUGCUUUACUUGUUUAUGACAUAACAAGUCGAGAAACUUACAAUGCCCUUACCAACUGGCUAACAGAUGCUCGAAUGCUGGCUAGUCAAAACAUUGUAAUAAUCCUUUGUGGGAACAAAAAAGACUUAGAUGUCGACCGUGAAGUUACAUUUUUGGAAGCGUCUCGAUUUGCACAAGAAAAUGAACUGAUGUUUUUGGAGACUAGUGCGCUUACAGGAGAAAACGUGGAGGAAGCGUUUGUACAGUGUGCUAGAAAUAUACUAAACAAGAUUGAAUCAGGUGAACUUGAUCCUGAAAGGAUGGGGUCAGGCAUUCAGUAUGGGGAUGCUGCUUUGCGACAGCUUAGAUCACCGCGUCGCGCACAAGCCCAAAGUGCUCAGGAAUGUGGCUGUUAGAAUCUGUUCUUAAAGAUGCAAGGUGUAUAUACGAAUUUAGGACUAUUUCUGCAAUUCUCCCUACUACUUGUUCUGUAGAACAAGAAAGGACUUGUUGAGAAACGGCACAAGUGAAGCAAGUAGUGUGGUGAACACUAAUGGACAGCUGACUG